AUGAUUUUCUCACUUCAUGACAUGAGUUCAAAUAUAUUCUGUACAGAUGAAAUGUUAACUCAUGGAUUUACAUUACAUGAUCUUGGUACACAUAUUCCUAUUGAACCAAAAGUUUGGAAUUCCUAUCAAAAGUUAACAAGUAAUGAAACAAAAAAUUCAGUCAUAAAAAUCUUUGAAAAUCAAUGUCUACACAGUCAUGAAGAAUUUGGUGAUUCAUGUACAAAAACAGUACGUGGUUUAUUAAUUGAACAGAUUAAAAAAUUAUCUAACGAAAAUAUAACAAAAAAAGAUGAAAAAAUAUUAAUGAAUUUAAACAGUAUUGAUAAAGUUAAACAUAGUAAACCAUUUUAUACACAAUUUUUAUAUGCUAUUUGUAUAUUGGCUACAAUUAGUAUACAAAGUUUAAGUGAUCCAUAUUCAGUGAAAAUGCAUUAUAAUCCAUGCGUUGCAGAUAAUUUAUGUAACACAAAAGAGGAAUGUAAACCAGAUGGUAUAUUUUCAUCGUCUUAUUCAUGUGUAUGCCCUGAAGGUAAGACAUGGAAAAGUGAAUAUUCAACGUGUUUAUCAGACGAUGAAUAUAAUGAUAUCAAGAAGAGAGAUAAGCUUGUUAGAUAUGGUGAAUUGACCAAACGACUGGAAACGACGCCAAAAAACUGUCCUGAUGUACAUGAAUGUAAUAAAGAAGGAACAUUGUCAUGUGUAUAUGAUCGGGAGCAUCGAGUAACAUUAUGUGCAUGUAAACCACAAUAUCAUGGUAGUAAAUGUGAAAAAUUAAUCGAUGCAUGUAAAUAUCGUGUAGAUCAUCCAUUUCAACCGAAUGGUGGAACAUUAUUACCAGGAAAUAUUGCUUGUAAUAUAAAUACUCCUAAUAAAAAUAAAUGUUUCUCAUAUAUUAGCUCUGAAGGUUAUGCAUUUUAUAAAUGUCAAUGUGAUAAUAACUAUUGGUUACCUGAUUUUAAAUUAUCCUAUCCAAAUUGUAUGAAAAAACAGUCAAUAUGUGAUAAUAUUAUAUGCUUACAUGGAUAUUGUUAUGCAAGUUAUGCUGAAAAUGAAGCAUAUUGUAUAUGUGAUCAAGGUUAUUCUGGAAAAGCAUGUAAUAUAUGGGUAGGUGAAUGGAGUGAAUGGUCUGCUUGGGAUAAAUGUCGUCCUGCAUGUGGAGAUGUUCGUUACAGUGUUCGUUCCCGUGAAUGCCUUUCAGCUGCAUGGAAAAAGAAACCAGGUCAAUGUUUAGGAUCACCAAUUGAAUAUACUAAAUGUCCUGAGCAUGAGUGUUCUCGUGGUGAAGGAACAUUUUUAGGAUCUUAUUUCGCUAUUCGUCAAAAUUCACUUGCAAUUAGUUUUUCUACAGGUGCAAUUAUAUCGAUUAUGUUAAUUAUAUGCUGGAUAUUUUUAUGCUGGGGUGCUGUAAGCUAUAUCAUUCUACCCAAUUUAAGAAAGCUUCGUGUAAUACAGAAUCUUGAAGCUCGUUAUUCAACAAUUGACGGGAAUAAUUAA